AUGCUCGGCCCAUCGCCGCAGGAUUUGCGUCUUCUCAGUCAGGAGAGUACUGACGUCGGCGAUGAGGUGAGGAGCAGUGCCCUUUGUCGGCGGACCGUAGACAGCUUUGAUCGCAGAGAAGAAGUUCAGCCAUUCGUUGCGGUCCGCGUAGCCUUUGAUCUCCUCAGCUUUACGAACAGUGCAGGCGCCCUGCAUCUCGCGCAGACGUUGCUGCAGUUGGCGGCGACUGCGGUAGAAAGCAACUUUGUUAUCGUAAGUGGGGUGAUCUACGUAGGCUUUGUGUUGGCGGUUCUUCUCAGUAAGCAGAUUUCUGAUGGCGGCGUCGUUGUCGUCGAACUAGUUCUGGCGUUGGCGGGGAGCGCCACCGAAGACGGCGAGCGCCGUCGACUGGACCGUGUCUCGCAGUUGACACCAGCGGUUCUUCGCGGAGGCGUUAUCGGCAGCGGCGGCAUCGGCGACGGGGAGGUUGUCUAG